AUGAGUGAUAUUGAAAAAGAUCAUGAGAUCGAUGAAGAGUUACAUGACGUUGACACAUCGGACACUAGUAACUACGAUGUUGCUUUCAAAUUCUUGAAAAGGGAAGAGAAAGAUUAUAUUGAAAAUACCGAAUUACCCCCAAAGCUAUUACGCAAAAUUGAUCUUAGGAUAUUGACAUUGCUAUGUGCAAUCUAUUUCUUACAAUUCUUAGAUAAGACUUUGUUAAAUUAUUCGGCUGCUAUGGGUAUUAAGGAGAAUUUAGUUGGAAACGAAUUCUCAAAUUUAAGUACGAUAUUCUAUGCGUCUUAUAUCUUUGCCGAACCGUUCGUUUCGUAUUGCUUACAGAAAUUUCCAAUUUCUAGAGCCUUUAGUAUUUGCAUUGUUUUAUGGGGUAUUGUUUUGACAUGCCAUGCUGCUUGCAAGACAUACGCUUCAUUAAUGAUUGUGAGAACAUUGUUAGGUAUAUUUGAAAGCAGCUCUGCUGUUGGAAUUAUAGCCAUUAGUGGGAUGUAUUACACCAAGUCGGAACAAGUGGCCAGAAUGGGCAUUUGGAGUAUUAACUCAGGUACUGCAACUAUAGUGGGUGCCUUAUUGUCAUUUGGCUUUCAACACAUUCAUACUACUGAAUUUCAAUCGUGGCAGAUAUUAUUCUUAGUAGUGGGCUUAAUUACUAUAUUAUUUGGAAUUUUUGUGUGGUUCUAUUUACCGGAUAAUGUUGUUAGUGCAAAGUUUUUGAAUAAUAAUGAAAAAGUGUUGGUUUUGGAACAUAUCAGAGAGAAUCAAACCGGUACAGAAAAUAAGAAGUUCAAAAGAGAACAAUUUUAUGAACUAGUAUUUAAAGAUAAGUUGACUUGGCCAAUGCUACUUCUUACGGGAACCUCGCAGAUUGUUACAGGUGCCAUAGGGACUUAUAGUGCUACGGUUAUUGGAACAUUUGGUUUCGAUGGCUAUAAGACAGCUUUACUCCAAAUUCCAUUAGGAGCCAUUAUUAUUAUUAUUAUUGUGAUAUCAACACAACUUGUUUCUCGCUAUGGACAUAGAACCUAUAUUACUGUUUCAAUGUUUAUACCCUCAAUUAUCGGGGCUAUUGUCCUUUUGUCUACGAGCAUUGUAACACAACAAAUUGGGAAUUUGCUAGCUCUUUAUUUGUUGUACAGUGGAUCUUCUUCAAUUACUUUGAUCUAUGCAUGGAAUAGUGCAAACACGGCGGGAUACACCAAAAGGAUGUUUAGAAAUGCAUUGACAAUGAUUGUCUUUAGUUUAUCAUCUCUUCUUGGGCCCCAAAUGUUUCAGGCAAAAGAUUUCCCGGGCUAUGUACCCGCCAAAAUCGCUAUUCUAGUCACACAGGUUGCUUCUAUCCCCUUGGCUCUCUUGGUUGGAUAUUUAUCGAAAAAGGAAAACGAGAAGAGGGAUAACGAGCCACAAGAGAAAUUGCAAGAUAAUUACCAAUUUUUGGAUUUAACGGAUAUCCAAAACAGAAAUUUUAGAUAUUCAUAUUAG